CCAAUUUCCACCGCGGCCAAUUCAUGGACAGGAACUACCCCAGCGCCGGCUUCGGGGACCCGCUCGGCGCCGGGGCGGGAUGGAGUUACGAGAGGUCAGCGAAAGCUAGCUUGGUCUAUGGCAGCUCCAGGACCUCGCACCCCGAGACCGACAUCUUACACCGCCAGGCCUACGCGGCCCCCCACCCACUGCAAAGCUAUGCCACCAACCACCACCCGGCAGGCCUCUCUGGACUCUUCGACACUGGCCUCCACCACGCGGGCUCAGCAGGGCCCGACGCCUCCGUCAUGAACCUCAUCUCAGCCCUGGAGUCCCGGGGCCCCCAGCCUGGCCCCUCUGCCUCCUCUCUCCUCUCCCAGUUCCGCAGUCCUUCCUGGCAAACAGCCAUGCACACGCCAGGCCCCACGGAGCUCUUCAUUUCAGGCGCCCUGCCGGGUUCCAGCACCUUUCCAUCCUCCUCUGCCCUGUCGGCUUACCAGCACCCGGCUUCCUUCGGCAGCCGCCCCUUCCCAGUGCCCUCGUCCCUCAGCCUCCAAGACCCCCCGUUCAGCCCCCCAGCUAAUGGGCUCCUGUCCCCUCAUGACGUGUUGCACCUGAAGCCCUCACAGGCACCCACGGUGCCAUCCUCGCUGGGCUUUGAGCGCCUGGCGGGGGGCGGUGUCCUGGGGCCCGCUGGUCUCGGCCCGGCCCAGACCCCUCCAUACCGCCCCGGCCCCCCAGACCCUCCCCCACCUCCCCGCCACCUCCCGACUCAGUUCAACCUGCUGGCUUCCUCUUCCGCCGCUGCCGCCGCCGCCGAGCAAUCCUCCCCACAGCUGUACAACUUCUCGGGUGCUGCCCCGGGCCCCCCGCCACCCGAGCGGGCCCUGCCCCGCCAGGACACCGUCAUCAAGCACUACCAGCGGCCAGCCAGUGCCCAGCCCCCGCCGCCCCCGCCACCAGCCCAUGCCCUCCAGCACUACCUGAGCUGUGGAGGCAGCUAUCCCUCCAUGGGCCACAGGGCUAACCUGGCCUGCAGCCCCCUGGGCGGUGGGGAGCCCUCCCCCGGUGCUGGCGAGCCUAGCAAGGCUGGGCCCAGUGGAGCCACGGCUGGGGCAUCGGGCCGGGCUGCAGGCCCCGAGGCGGCUGGAGGAGGUGGGGCAGGGGGUGGCGGUGGAGGUUACCGCCCCAUCAUUCAGUCGCCCGGUUACAAGACGGGCAAAGGCGGCUAUGGAGCAGCUGCGGGCGGUGCCAACAGGCCCCCACCACCCCGUUCAACGGCCACGCCCAAAUGCCAGAGUCUGGGUGGGCCAGCAGCGGCCUAUGCCACUGGGAAGGCCUCUGGGGCUGGUGGGGCAGGUGGCCAAGCCUAUUCCCCUGGUCAGCCCCAAGGGCUUCUAGGACCCCAGGCCUAUGGGCAAGGGUUUGGAGGGGGUCAAGCACAGGACUUGAGCAAAGGCCCUAGCUACUCAGGGGGGCCCCCGCAGCCCCCCAGUGGUCCCCCGCCUCCCGGCCUAGCCACGUGUCAGAGCUACUCCCCAGAUCAGCUGCAGGGGCAGCUGUAUGGGGUUCAGGGCGAGCCAUACCCAGGCCCAGCUGCCCACUCCCAGGGGCUACCCACGGCCAGCCCCUCGCUCAGCUACAGCACUGGCCAUUCCCCAGCGCUCUCAGGUCACGGCGGUGGCUGGGGGCCCAGCUCCCUGGGGGGUGGUGGGGAGGCCAGCCCUUCUCACAUCAUCCGCCCACUGCAGUCACCGCCUGCCCCUGGCCGCCCGCCUGGAGUCGGCUCUCCAGGAGCCCCUGGCAAAUACCUGAGCUCUGUCCUGGCCUCAGCCCCAUUCCUGGCGCCUCCAGGAGCCGGCAGCUACGCAGCCGGAGCAGGUGGCUACAAAGGCAAAGGGGAUGGCUCGGAGCUGCUGGCUGGGCCUGGUGGGCCUCCUGCUGAGCGCACAGAAGAUGAGGAAUUCCUCAUCCAGCAUCUCCUGCAGGCACCUAGCCCCCCGCGGACCUCAGGGGCAGAUGGCUUGGUGGGUGAAGAUGGGGCAGCGGAUGCUUCCAAGGGACUUGGGGGUAGUGGUGGGGCCGGGGGUCCACCAGGCACACCCUACGAGCUGGCCAAGGAAGACCCCCAGAGGUAUCAUCUACAGAGCGUCAUCCGUACCAGUGCCAGCCUCGAUGAGGGCGCCACAGCAGCCCUGGAGCUGGGCCUGGGGAGGCUGAAGGAGAAGAAGAAAGGGCCAGAACGGGGCGGCGAGACCCCGGAGGGGCUGGCCACCUCAGUUGUCCACUAUGGGGCAGGUGCCAAGGAGCUGGGGGCCUUCCUCCAAAAGAGCCCACCACCCCCACCUCCCACGGCUCAGCCUGCCCAGCCCACACCCCACGGUCUCCUCCUGGAGGCUGGGGGCCCUGACCUCCCACUGGUGCUGCCUCCACCUCCCCCCCCACAACUGCUCCCCUCAGUCCUCAGCCAUGCCCCCAGCCCCUCUCCCAGUGCCCCAAAAGUUGGCGUUCAUCUCCUUGAGCCAGCCACCCGUGAUGGAGCACCCCAGCCGCCCCCGCCGCCGCCCCCACCUCCACCACCCAUGCCCCUCCAGCUUGAGGCCCACCUCCGCAGCCACGGCCUGGAGCCUGGUGCCCCCAGCCCCCGCCUGCGACCUGAGGAGAGUCUGGAGCCACCAGGCGCCAUGCAGGAAUUGCUUGGGGCCUUGGAGCCACUGCCCCCGGGGCCUGGUGACACUGGCGUGGGCCCACCUAAUACCGAGGGCAAGGAUCCCUCCGGUGCCUACCGCAGCCCCAGCCCGCAAGGCACCAAGGCCCCCCGCUUUGUGCCACUCACGUCCAUCUGUUUUCCUGACUCCUUGCUCCAAGAUGAGGAGCGCAGCUUCUUCCCCACCAUGGAGGAGAUGUUCGGUGGAGGGGCAGCGGAUGACUAUGGCAAGGCAGGGCCGCCCGAGGACGAGGGUGAUCCCAAGGCGGGGACUGGGCCACCUCCAGGCCCCCCUGCCUAUGAUCCCUAUGGGCCCUACUGCCCGGGUCGGGCGUCUGGAGCCGGGCCCGAGACGCCGGGCCUGGGCCUGGACCCCAACAAACCGCCUGAGCUGCCCUCCACGGUUAAUGCGGAGCCUCUGGGCCUGAUCCAGAGUGGGCCACACCAGGCGGCCCCACCACCCCCACCUCCCCCUCCACCGCCGCCGCCUGCCUCAGAGCCCAAGGGAGGCCUGACCUCGCCCAUAUUCUGCUCUACCAAGCCAAAGAAGCUGCUCAAGACGUCCUCCUUCCACCUACUACGGCGCCGUGACCCACCCUUCCAGACGCCCAAGAAGCUGUAUGCCCAGGAGUACGAGUUUGAGGCAGAUGAGGACAAGGCCGAUGUGCCCGCUGACAUCCGCCUCAACCCUCGGCGCCUGCCUGACCUGGUGUCCAGCUGCCGCUCCCGCCCGACCCUCUCACCCCUGGGUGACAUCGACUUCUGUCCACCCAACCCAGGCCCCGAUGGCCCCAGGCGCCGUGGCCGCAAGCCCACAAAGGCUAAGCGCGAUGGCCCGCCCCGGCCCCGGGGUAGGCCCCGGAUCCGCCCAUUGGAGGUCCCCACCACUGCUGGGCCAGCCUCAGCCUCCACGCCCACUGAAGGGGCCAAGAAACCUCGGGGCCGGGGCCGUGGUCGGGGCAGGAAGGCCGAGGAGGCAGGGGGCACACGGCUGGAACCCCUAAAGCCACUUAAGAUCAAGCUGUCUGUGCCCAAGGCCGGUGAGGGUCUGGGAGCCUCCUCUGGCGAUGCUGUACCCGGUGCUGACCACAACAGCCUGGACUCCAGCCUGACCCGGGAGAAGAUUGAGGCCAAGAUCAAGGAGGUAGAGGAGAAGCAGCCAGAGAUGAAGUCCGGCUUCAUGGCCUCCUUCCUGGACUUCCUCAAGUCAGGCAAGCGUCAUCCGCCGCUCUACCAGGCUGGCCUGACACCCCCACUCAGCCCCCCCAAGAGCGUGCCGUCCUCCGGGGCGGCCCGUGGCCUGCAGCCCCAGCCUCCUACCACCCCUGCUGUGCCACACCCGCCGCCCGCUGGCGCCUUCGGGCUGGGGGGUGCGCUGGAGGCGGCCGAGAGUGAGGGGCUAGGGCUGGGCUGCCCUUCGCCCUGUAAGCGGCUGGACGAGGAGCUGAAGCGCAACCUGGAGACGCUGCCCUCCUUCUCCUCGGACGAAGAAGACUCUGUGGCCAAGAACCGGGACCUGCAAGAGAGCAUCUCCUCAGCCAUCUCGGCACUCGAUGACCCACCCCUCGCUGGGCCUAAAGACACUGCCACCCCAGAUGUGCCCUCCUUGGCGACUGAGGCUGCGGUGCCAGGGCCCCCCCCUCUCCCGGGGCUCCCUAGUGCCAGCAGCAAUGGCACACCCGGUGAGCUCUGGGAAGAUGAUCUGGGGGUGGGACGAGGCUUUCCCUGUUAUUCAGGUCACUGGGUAUGGUUGUGCAGAUCGUGCACUCCCUCGCCGCCCGCCCUGCCGCCGCCCCCGCCGGCCGCCGCCCCCGCCGCGCCCGAGGAGCCCGCAGCCCCGUCCCCGGAGGAGCCCGAGCCGCCCGACGCCCGGCCCCUGCACUUGGCCAAGAAGCAGGAGACGGCGGCCGUGUGCGGGGAGACGGACGAGGAGGCGGGCGAGAGCGGCGGGGAGGGCAUCUUCCGGGAGCGCGACGAGUUCGUCAUCCGCGCCGAGGACAUCCCUUCUCUCAAGCUGGCAUUGCAGACGGGGCGGGAGCCCCCACCCAUCUGGCGAGUGCAGAAGGCCCUGCUGCAGAAAUUCACUCCCGAGAUCAAGGAUGGGCAGCGACAGUUUUGUGCAACCAGUAAUUAUUUGGGGUAUUUUGGGGACGCAAAAAACCGGUAUCAGCGCCUUUACGUAAAGUUCCUGGAAAAUGUCAACAAGAAGGAUUAUGUGAGGGUCUGUGCUCGGAAACCCUGGCACCGGCCCCCAGUGCCCGUCAGGCGCUCUGGGCAGGCCAAGGGCCCCGUGUCUGCCGGGGGCAGCUCUGCACCUCCUCCCAAGGCCCCGGCACCACCUCCUAAGCCCGAAACCCCUGAUAAGACGGUAUGUGAGAAGCCCCCAGAGCAGACGCCUGAGACACCUGUGCCUGAGCCCCCUGCUGCUGAGAAGCCAUCCCCACCACGGCCCGUUGAGAAGGAAAAGGAGAAAGAGCGGGUGACACGUGGGGAGCGGCCGCUUCGGGGCGAGCGGAGCGCAGGCGGGCGGCAGACUCGGCCUGAGCGGAGCCUCACCGCAGGACAGACCGCCACCUCCCGGCUGCCCAAGGCCCGGCCCACCAAGGUGAAGGCCGAGCCGCCCCCCAAGAAGAGGAAGAAGUGGCUGAAGGAGGCGGCGGGCAAUGCCUCGGCGGGCGGGGGUCCACCAGGCAGCUCCUCGGACUCAGAGUCAUCCCCAGGAGCACCCAGCGAGGACGGUGAGGCCCUCGGCAGCCACCGGGCGGUCCCCGGGCGUCUGCUGAAGACCCGGGCGAUGCGGGAGAUGUACCGGAGCUACGUGGAGAUGUUGGUGAGCACAGCACUCGACCCGGACAUGAUCCAGGCCCUGGAGGACACGCACGAUGAGCUGUACCUGCCGCCCAUGCGGAAGAUCGAUGGCCUCCUCAACGAGCACAAGAAGAAAGUCUUGAAGCGGCUGUCGCUGAGCCCAGCCCUGCAGGACGCCCUGCACACGUUCCCCCAGCUGCAAGUGGAGCAGAGCGGGGAGGGCUCCCCUGAGGAGGGGGCCGUGCGGCUGCGGCCGGCUGGGGAACCCUACAACCGCAAGACGCUCAGCAAACUCAAGAGGAGCGUGGUCCGAGCCCAGGAGUUCAAAGUUGAGCUGGACAAGUCGGGAUACUACACGCUCUACCACUCACUCCACCACUAUAAGUACCACACCUUCCUGCGCUGCCGGGACCAGACCCUGGCCAUCGAGGGCGGUGCUGAGGACCUGGGUCAGGAGGAGGUGGUCCAACAGUGCAUGCGGAACCAGCCGUGGCUGGAACAGCUCUUCGACUCCUUCAGCGACCUGCUGGCCCAAGCACAGGCCCACAGCCGCUGCGGGUGACCCCGCCCAGCCUGGGGGCGCCACCUCUUCCAUGAACGGAGAGUUGGGACAGAACUGUGUCCUCAGGAGCUAACCCCCUGGGCCCCGUCGCCAGGGAAAGGGGGGGGUCAUUGGUCCGGGUGUGUCCAUGCUGCCCCCACAGGGCAGGGUUCAAAGUUCAACUCCUCCCCUCUCCCACGCCCCCUCCACUUCCUCCCCAGCCCUCCCGCUGUCCGGUGUACAGAGAAAUUAUUUAUAUAUAUGUAUAAAUGUCUAUUUAGUAACGGUUUCCCUCCCCACCUUGCCCCAAUCCUCUCUCCACGGCCACAGCCCCGCCCCCUCCACCUUGUACAUAAUGUAUAGGAAAAGUCUAUGUAUGGUUGAGGGGGGCGGGGUGGCUUCAGAGAGCUGGGGGACCCCCUCCCCCCAACCCCCCCUCACAGGCCAAGAUCUUUGCUAAAGGCCAUUCCCUCCCCAGGGCAUUCGGCAUCGGGUGGGAGGGGGAAAACGCAUCUUGUUAAUUAUUUUUAAUCUUAUUUAUUGUACAUACCUGGGGCGGGGGGCUGGGGAGGUGGAGGGGGGAGAAGGGUCCCCUCCCUUUGGCCCUCCCGCUCCUUUUCUACUGCGAUUGUCUGUGUCUGCCCCCCCCCCGCCACCACCGCCCCAUCCCCUUGUCUUCUGGAUGUGGUUCUAUUUUUUAUCUGUCUCCUCUCCCCUCCCCCCCCAACCCCUCUGCUCCUACCUCCCGACCUCCCUUUGUCUCUUGCUCUUUCUUGGGCUUCUGUACAACUCAACUUGUAUACACUGUGUACACACAACCAGCCAAACGAAAACCCAACAGCAAACACUUUA